AUGGGGAAGAUCAUCUUCUAUGAGGACAGGGCCUUCCGGGGCCGCUGCCAUGAGCGCAGCAGCAACCACUCCAACCUGCAGGCCUACUUCAGCCGCUGUAACUCCAUCCGUGUGGAGAGCGGGAGCUGGAUGGUCUAUGAGCGGCCAAACUACCUGGGUGGCCAGUACUACCUGCGCCCUGGAGACUACUCUGACUACCAGCACUGGAUGGGCCUCAGUGAUGCCAUCCAGUCCUGCCGCCUCAUUCCUGCUCAUUCCAGCACCCACAGGAUCCGGCUGUAUGAGAGGGAGGACCAGAAGGGCCAGAUGGUGGAGCUGAGCGAUGACUGCCCUUCUCUUUAUGAUCGCUUCCAGCUGACUGAGGUCCCCUCCAUUAGCGUGCUGGAGGGCUGCUGGAUCCUAUACGAGAUGGCCAAUUUCCGGGGCAGGCAGUUUCUGCUGCGGCCUGGACAGUAUGGCCGCUUCCCGGACUGGGGGGCUGCCGAUGCCAGGGCUGGGUCUCUGCGACGUGUCCUCGACCUGUACUGA